UCUGAGGCACCUGGAAAAUUAAAACCGCGAAGACAUGGCUGCUGAGAUGGAUAACAAUAAAAAAACAUUUUGCAGGAAGCCACAUCCCACACUGUGGACUGCAACAUUGUUGGUGAUCGCAUAUGCCGUCUGGUGUGUACUGCUGUGCAUCUUGGCAGCAUCAGGGCACCUUCUGAACAGCAAGAGCCUGGAAUGUGGGAACAGUGAUGAGGACGCGUCCAAACUGAAAAGAAAGGCCCUACUGGUGUACUUGUGGUCAGGGGUCAGUCUGCCGAUCUGUAUCCUGCUACUGAUGUCAAUUUGGAUAAGGAGAUUGGGGUCGUGCUUGUGGUUUCUGUCACUGUGUGCAAUCUGCAUCCUGUUUGUGGUCAUGGUUGUAUCUCUUACAAAGGCUUGGAAGAAAGAGAAUGAGGAAAUACAAGCGUUUGAGGAGCACUACCUGCACCUGAGACCUCUGAGACAUACACCAGGAGACAUACAGACACAUUUGAAUGAUGGAAAAUGUAAUAGCAGUGACAACAUGUACCGCUGGCAGACUGAGUUUAAGUGUUGUGGACUCAUAAACCACAGCGACUGGUGGCCGGCCAUCCCCGACUCCUGCCUAUGUGAAGGAGAGGACGACAGCUCUGAAUGUGUCCUAUAUGGAAACAGCCUCGUUCAUGAGCAGCCUUGUCUCCCUACAGUCCUAUUCCUUGAAGAAAAACGCAACUCCACGUUCUGGAUCAUCAUGAUAGUUUGGCUCAUCAUUGUCGGUGCGCCGGUUUCCAUCCUCAUGUUGUUCGGUUUGGCCAUGAUUAUGACGUGUUAUUAUAUGUUCUGUUUGGAGCCAUGUUGGUACAAGCUGAGUGUUUGGAAAUACAAACUGAGUGGGGGAGAGAAAAUGGUUCCAGUGGUGUUCAUCAGAAAGAACAACAACGACAAAACAGAGGAGGACAACAGGAAAGAUGGGGAAGCGAAAGAAAGCGACAGCGAUGAGGCCGUAGUCUUAGACGUAGAAGACGGAAAAAACGUGGAGGGAGAGGGACGAGAAGCAGAGGAGGAAUAUUUGGAUGACAACCCAAUGAGAAUGAUUCCUCUUUCACUGCUGAGCAGGCUGCAGGAAGAGCUGGACCCUCCCCCUGUCCAACACCAGGUUCGAUGCAUGUGUAUAUUUCCAAGUAAACCCAAGGACUUCUACAUUGUCACGAUAGAGGAGGAUUCACCGCUGCUACCCAGUUAUGCCGUGUUGGCUGAUGCCAACAAACCACCCAAUGUCUGUCUUUGGGCGGAAGGACACCAUGUUUUUGUAGUCGAGCAUAUUGUUUGGCCUAGAGAGAGUAAACCGCAAGGCACGCCACCAUAGUAGGGUUAGUGUCUGGUGCUGUCUAUACAACACUGUGCUGCACAUUUUCACUGACUACAAAACAUAAAAUCCUAAGAAUUGUGUUUUAGGGAUAACUUGCAUUACAAA